GUCCAUCAAUCAUUGACUUGUUGAGGAGUGCUGCCAUACAGAUCACGUUGCCUGGCCUUAGUUCAGAUGGACUGUGACGUUCUGAGGGCGUGUCAGAGCUGAACUACGUGGACUUGGACUCUUGGACUGGGAGGUGUCAGGGUGAGACGGCGUCCUCACAUCAAGCAGAGACAGACAGAAGGACUGAGGAGGGACGGAGAGCAGCUUCUUCUCUCCAAAAGUGUCUGAAGAAGAUGUGAAGAGAGUUGAUCAGAGCAGAAUGUGAAGAACGGAGACAGAAUGAAGACAGAGACGGACUGAAGCAGCUUCUUCUCUCCAGAAGAGUCUGAAGAAGACGUGAAGAGAGUUGAUCAGGACACGUGAUUUCUCUGAAAGAGGAAGAACCCAUUUCCUCAUAUUUCCACCACAGGUUUGUCAGAGCUGGACGGUAGAAAGGAGACAGACUGAAGGACGAGACCAGCAAAGAGCAGCUUCUGGAAGAGAGUCUGAGGACAGCAGAGUCAAACAUCUCAGCUGAAUCAAACAUGUCAGCUCCUCACCGUGGAUUUUCCAGGGACUCUAUGAACACAGAGUGAAAGAUCAGUGAGAUAAAUCAGGCUCUUCACAAGGUCAAAGAUGAGCUCAGAUCCAGAAGUCCUCCUGGGAAUUCUGGAUCAUUUGUUAAUAGAUGAAUUUAAAAGGUUCAAGUUCCAUUUGAGCAACAUCGGGGUCUUUGAAGGAUGCAGAGCAAUCCCAGCAGGACAACUGGAGACACUGGACAAGCCGGACACAGCGAGUCAGAUCCACCAGACCUACAGCAAUCAUGCUCCUGAAGUCAUGAAACUGGUUUUAGAGAAAAUAGGGAAAACACUUAUAUGGGAUGAACACACCAUAAACAUCUCAGAACCUGAAGGGGUUCAUUUGUCAGCAAAAUCUCGGGAGUGUCAAGAGAAACUCAAGUCCAACCUGAAGAGGAGGUUCCAGUGUGUGUUUGAGGGAGUUGCGAUACAAGGAAAGCCGACCCUCCUGAACCAGAUCUACACAGAGCUCCACAUCACAGAGGGAGGGGCUGCAGAGAUCAAUCAGGAACAUGAGGUCAGACAGAUUGAAGCAGCAUCCAGGACAGCAGACAGAGCAAAGACAAGCAUCAGACCAGAAGACGUCUUGAAAGCCCCACCUGGAAGACCUCAACCAAUCAGAACAGUGCUGACAAAGGGAGUGUCUGGCAUUGGGAAAACAUUCCUGACACAGAAGUUCACUCUGGACUGGGCUGAAGACAAAGACAACCAGGACAUCCACUUCAUAUUUCCAUUCACCUUCAGAGAGCUGAAUGUAGUGAAGGAGAAGAAGUUCAGCUUGGUGGGGCUUGUUCAUCACUUCUUCAAUGAAACCAAAAAGGCAGGAAUCUGCAGCUUUGAAGACUUCCAGGUGGUCUUCAUCUUUGAUGGUCUGGAUGAGUGUCGACUCCCUCUGGACUUCCACCAAACUGAGUUCCUGACUGAAGUUACAGAGUCCACCUCAGUGGAUGUUCUGCUGAUAAACCUCAUCAGGGGGAAACUGCUUCCCUCUGCUCGCCUCUGGAUCACCACACGACCUGCAGCAGCCAAUCAGAUCCCUGCUCACUGUGUGGACAUGGUGACAGAGGUCCGAGGGUUCACCGACCCCCAGAAGGAGGAGUACUUCAGGAGGAGGUUCAGAGAGGAUGAGCAGGCCAGCAGGAUCAUCUCCCACAUCAAGACCUCUCGAAGCCUCCACAUCAUGUGCCACAUCCCGGUCUUCUGCUGGAUCACUGCUGCAGUUCUGGAGAAGGUGUUGAAGAGCAGAGAUGGAGGAGAGCUGCCCAAGACCCUGACUCAGAUGUACAUCCACCACCUGGUGGUCCAGGCCAAAGUCAAGAAAUUCAAGUUUGAUGGAGGAGCUGCCACAGAUCCACACUGGAGUCCAGAGAGCAGGGAGAUGAUAGAGUCUCUGGGAAAACUGGCUUUUGAUCAGCUGCAGAAAGGAAAUCUGAUCUUCUAUGAACCCGACCUGACAGAGUGUGGCAUCGAUCUCAGAGCAGCCUCAAUGUACUCAGGAAUGUUCACACAGAUCUUUAGAGAGGAGAGCGGCCUGUACCAGGACAUGGUGUUCUGCUUCAUCCAUCUGAGUCUGCAGGAGUUUCUGGCUGCUCUUCAUGUCCAUCAGACCUUCAUCAACUCUGGAAUCAACCUGCUGGAUGAACAACAGCAACCAUCCAGGUGGUCAAACCUCUUGAAGCAGAAACCGAAACUCCACCGUCUCCAUCAGAGAGCAGUGGAUGAAGCCUUGAAGAGUCCAAAUGGACACCUGGACUUGUUCCUCCGCUUCCUCCUGGGUCUUUCACUGGAGACCAAUCAGAGCCUCCUUCGAGGUCUGCUGAAACAGACAGGAAGUAGCUCACAGUCCAAUCAGGAAACAGUCCAGUACAUCAAGAAGAAGCUGAGUGAGAGUCUGUCUGCAGAGAGAAGCAGCAAUCUGCUCCACUGUCUGAAUGAACUGAAUGAUGGUUCUCUGGUGGAGGAGAUCCAACAGUCCCUGAGAUCAGGAAGUCUCUCCACGGAUAGACUGUCUCCUGCUCAGUUGUCAGCUCUGUUCUUCAUCUUACUGUCAUCAGAAGAUCUGAAGGUGUCUUUCCUGAAGAAAUCCUCUGCUUCAGAGGAGGCUCUUCAGAACCUGCAGAUUUCAGUGUUCAAAGACUCCAGCAACGCUCUGUUGAUCUGCGCUGGUCUGUCAGAGAGAAGCUGUGGAGCUCUGUCCUCACUUUUCAGCUCUCAGUCCUCCGGUCUGACACAUCUGGGCCCGAGUAACAACGACCUGCAGGAUUCAGGAGUGAAGCUCCGUGAUUUCAUCCAUACUUCAUGUCGGUCAGAAAGUGAAAGGGCGGCUGAAUCCUCACCAGACGUACCUUCAUCCAGUUUGUCGUCAUCACGCCAAUCAUCACAUGGUGAUUCACGAACACAAGAGAGGAAGAAGAAGCUCCUCUCCAUACGGACAGACUUCAUUGGCAGAGUGUCCAGGUCUGUGGUGAAAGGUCUGCUGGAUGUCCUUCUGGAAGAGGAGGUCAUAAACUUUGCUGAAAAGGAGGAGAUCCAAGCCAAACAGCUUGAACGAGACACAGCAGAGGCACUGAUUGACAUGAUACUGAAGAAGGGAGACUCAGCUUGUAAAAUAAUGAUCGAUGCUUUUUGUAAAUCAGAUCGAUAUUUGUCUGCCGAUCUGAACCUACCGUAACAAGACGAAGCAGCGUCUCCGUGUCUGAUGUCUGUGGCGACAAUAGGUUGGAUGAGGAGCAGAGAGGAAUCAGGGGGCUGAACCAUUCUUUUCUUUCUGAAGGCUCCAGGUGAUUCUUUUCUAUUACUAACCAGCAGGACCUGCUUCUUCAGGAGUCUGUUAUUGAUCCAUGAGCUCCAUCAGUUUGACUUGAAACAUGUUUUAAAAACUGGAAAUGUGGCUGGUUGGACACUACAUGGUCAGAUUAUUCCUAAACGAUGUUCCAUUCACGUCUGUCGAGGUGAAAAUCCUCUGCCCGUCUCCACGGUGCCGCUCUACCCGAGGCUUCCCUUCCAAUCACGCCUCGAUCCCACAGAGCCUUUUUGGAUCCCAAAAUCAAGGUGUACAAUAAGGGCUUGUGGCUUUUAGUGUGUGAGUUGAUUUCAGUAAGAUGUUGUUUCCCUGACACAGAAUUCUGGUCCUUGAGUCCCUGGUCUACCCGAAAGUAGCAUCCAGCCAGCAAAAGGCGAUGUCUAAUCUCUGUGUGUGUAUACAUGAUCCCUCGCUCGCAGGCGGGGUUCUCAAGCUAUAGUUCUCUGUAGUUUCCCAUCAUCGCCCCGUCAUGCCAUCCUCACUCCCAGGCUCCUGGGUCAGUCAAUCUCCGGCUUUCCGUCCUUCGCUCCCCUGGAUGUUAUCUGCAAAGAGCCCAAAACAAAGAACCCUCCCCGGGACUUUGAGUGCUUUUCUCAGGGUCAUAACUAGAGUUUAUCAAAACCUACACAAGCAAGCUUAUUGCAUUCGUAUCAUAGCACUUUUACCCUCGAAUAUCAUAUGUAAGCAAGCAAGCAUUAGAAUAAGAAUAUUAGAAAUAAAAUUAAUUCCCAUAGGUCCAAAUAUUCUUCCAGCCUAUUUACUGAGCCUGUAGAAUGUUUGAGGUUGUGUGGAGAUUAUUCUGGACAGCAUUUGACCCUGAUCUGAGUUGUGGCAACAACAGCAUUUACAUCAAGCAGCAAAUUGGUCCACUGCCAUGCUGAUCCAGAGUCGACUAUGGACAAUCAUGCAAAUAAUCGCAAUUACACAUUUUACUCAAUCGACAGCCUUAACUUUGAUCAUUAUUGUUUACAGUUUCCAUUUAUUGCUGUUGAAUAUUUGUGAAUUUUAUCUCUGUGGAUUAUUUUUAUUUGCCAUUAUUUUAUUCCUAUGAAAAUUUCUUCUUCCUGCACUCAGCCUUGUUUGUUCCUCCCGGGCUUCUGCCACUUCCCCCCUCAGUACUGAUCCACACUGCUGAGGAUAGUGAAGGGAUAACAAGCUACUCUGAAAAUAUAUUGUUUUAUUCUGUGCAUUUAGUCAUUGACGUUUAAUCCUUUGAUGCAAAUUGUUUACUGUUGUAUAUUACGUUGUCAAGCUGUUUUGAGUUGUAUACGUUUAACAGACAUUUGUAAGUACUGUUUGUUGGUACCAUCUGCCACUAAAGGCUCUUAUUUUUCAGUUACAGAAGGAAAGACGUUGACGCAACACUGACAGUGGAAGGUAUAGAGAUCGAAAGAACAAAUGAAAUUAAGUUCUUGGAAAUCUAUAUGGAAUAUAUCUAUAUGGAAAUCCCAUAUAGAGUACGUUAAAACUAAGAUUUCUCAAACCAUUGCUGUUCUGUACAAAUUGAAAGAGUCACUUCACAAUAAUUCUUUGUUUCUGUUGUACAAUUCAUUGAUUAUACCAUA